CGAGUGCAAUUUGGGGGCAUAAACUGCUGAAUGCGAGCCCAGGGGUGUUGAUAAGGUUCGAGCACAGAGUUGGACACGCGACGUCGAGAAGUGGAAGUAACAUUAAGUGGGCACCGUCCAGAACUGAACGCAGAAAUGUUUCGUUCGAAAGAACUUUUCAUCGUUUUGGCGGUGUUCGUAAUCCACAGUCAUGCCAUUAUCAGGGUUCCUUUGCACAAGAUGCGCACGGCAAGGCGCACUAUGAGUGAUAACGGAAUGACGGUCGAGCAACUUUUGGCAUUGGGCAAGGCCAACGGCGAUCUGGCGCAACAGGCACCCCCAACAGUCGCACCUACCUCCGCCCCUACGCCCGCAGAGAAGCUCACGAACUUUAUGGAUGCUCAGUAUUAUGGAGCGAUAAGCAUUGGAACUCCACCUCAAGAUUUCAAGGUGCUUUUUGACACGGGCUCCUCAAACCUUUGGGUCCCCUCUAUCCACUGCUCCUUCCUGGAUAUCGCCUGCUGGAUGCACCACCGCUACAACUCCAAGAAGUCCAGCACGUAUGCGAAGAAUGGCACCAAGUUUGCGAUCAAGUAUGGCAGAGGCAGCCUGUCCGGCUUCAUCAGUGAGGAUGUGGUCAAUUUGGCAGGUGUGAAUGUGCCAGGGCAGCAGUUCGGAGAGGCAGUGCAGCAGCCUGGCAUCACGUUUGCGGUGGCACGUUUCGAUGGAGUCUUCGGUAUGGGUUAUCCCACCAUCUCUGUGGAGAAGGUCCCCCCUGUAUUUGACCAGAUCAUGGCCAAAAAGCUGAUCCCUCAAAACGUCUUCUCCUUCUACCUGAACAGAAACCCCAAGGCCCCGGUCGGGGGAGAGCUGAUGCUUGGAGGCACAGACAAGCAGUACUACGAUGGUGAGCUGCACUACGUCAACGUCACACGCAAGGCCUACUGGCAGAUUAAGAUGGACGCGGUUGAUGUUGGCAACCAGCUGACUCUCUGCAAGGAUAGUUGCCAGGCGAUUGUUGACACGGGAACGUCCCUGAUGGUGGGGCCCACUCAGGAAGUCCGGGCUCUGCACAAAGCCAUCGGGGCUCUGCCUCUGCUGAUGGGCGAGUACUGGAUCGAGUGCAGCAAGGUCCCAACUCUGCCAGUCAUCUCAUUUAACCUGGGAGGAAAACUCUUCAAUCUCACUGGAGAAGAUUACAUCCUACAGGAGUCCCAGAUGGGGGCAAAGAUCUGCCUGUCUGGCUUCAUGGCCAUGGAUAUACCGCCCCCUGCUGGCCCCCUGUGGAUUCUCGGAGACGUGUUCAUCGGCCGCUACUACAGCGUGUUUGACCGCGACAACGACCGCGUGGGCUUCGCUCCUGCCAAGUGACCGGAGGGUAGAUAGCCAAAAUGUUUUGAAGGGCCUCAUGGCACAGACCAAAACGAGAGGCCUUAAAGUCUAGAACUGGUCUCUUGGGUUCUUUCCCAACUGGAGGAGCAGCAGACCUAGGAAGCGAUCUAGAUUCCAAGAUCCUCUUGAAUCCACUUCAUUUCAAAUCAGGGAUGGAUCCACUUUUUUUUUUAAAGUCACCAGCUGUUUGGGAAAGGUUUAUUCUUGCUUUUUAAAGGAAGUAUAGUGUUGCGCUUAGAUUUACAAUUCUGAAAUGCUGAAUGAGGGGCACUGGUUAACUCUGAAGUUUUAAAUAAUUUUGUUUCAGUAAAGUACUUCAUGUCUAAUUUUGUUGUGUUUGUGUAUAUGAAUGUGCAGUCAGGAGAUAUUCUUGUUCAUGAAGCUUAGCUUCCUGCUCAGCUUGCUGGGUCUUUUUUUGAAUAAUAAAUCAACCAAAGAGCACUGAACAAAUGUAAAUGAAAGAAAACCGACUACUUUUCUUAUUGCCAUUCUGUCAGAUGGGUGAUUGUUGCAAUCUGCUUCAGGCUUUAAUAAAUGAAUCCCUACACGUC